AAUAGGCACUCGUUUCAAGAUCUGAUGCAGUUGUCUUUGUGCGACGGUCCCGCUAGAGUAUGAAUUUUAACCCCUUGGAAUAUAUGUUGUAAUCCUUCGGAGACUCGCCGUGCAGCGCAAAACCAAAAACAAAUUGUAGCAGUUGAAAAGUCAGUGAACUUUCUAACAAGAACACACGGUAUACUGUGACCCCGAGGGAGAGAAGCCAUGGCCGAACAUCUCAUGAUGUCCAUGAACCAUGGGCCGUCGGGCGGGGGCCUGCACGCGUACAGGAUGGGGAUGAACGGCAUGCAGGGGGCCCCCCAGCAGCACGCGCCCCAGCCCGGCAUGCGCGGCCUCCCCAAUGGCCAGAUGAUGCACUACGGGGGCGGCCCCCAGGGCGGCAUGGAGGCCGCCAUGAGGCAGCGGCCCGGCAUGGUGGUGGGCCUAAACGGCCAGAUGAACGGGGGCCAGAUGGGUCACCACCACCACCAGAUGGCCGGCAACAUGAUGUACAAUGGCCAGAACCAGCAGCACCAUCCACAACAGCAGCAGCAACAGCAGCAUCACCUGCACCAGCAACACCAGCAGCAGCAGCAGGGGCAGCCCCAGGGCCAGUACCUGAGCGGGGGGCUCACCUCCCAGCAGCUGAUGGCCAGCAUGCACUUGCAGAAACUCAACACCCAGUACCACGGACACCCGCUUGUGCCCGUCAACGGGAACCACGUGGGGAACGGGCCCCAGUACCGGGUGGGCUCGGCCCAGCUGGCGGGCAUGCCGCAUAUGGCGGGACCGGCCCUGGGCCUGAACGGCAUGGACGCGGACUUGGUGGACGAGGAUGUGCUGACGUCGCUGGUGAUGGAGCUGGGCCUGGACCGCGUGCAGGAGCUGCCCGAGCUCUUCCUGGGCCAGAACGAGUUCGACUUCCUCUCGGACUUUGUGAGCAAACAGCAGCCGAGCACAGUGAGCUGCUGAGAGACCACGGGCGGAAGAGCCGGGGGGGGUGCCGGGGGUGGGGGGGCCACCGUCAAGAGAACUGCCAAUCGGCUGCAGGACACGAGCGAAAGACGACAAUCUUUCUGUUUUGCGCAUGCGUUGCGUGUGUGUAUGUGUGUAUGCAUAGGGAUGUACAUAUACACAGACACACUCUCAUCCGUACCAAUGAUUUAACUACACUGAACCAACGAGAGAGAGAAGCUUUGCCCUGGAUUGCCACGACGCAGCUGGUGGAAUCUCAGUUUUUCGCUGGUACCCACAUCGCGGUUCUGCGAGGUGACGGGCGUAUCGGUCGUGUCUGCCCUUUCCUGCCCCUCUGAACACGAUGGGUUGAAUGUAACUGCCCUCCCGCGGGAUUCGGAAAGCCACUCGGAACAAUGUACAGAAGCUGUACCCAACACCCGGGACGAUUAGGUUCUACAGCAGUUUUAAACAGAUGUAUUUAUUUAUUCCCCUUUUUACCAUGCUUGUGGACAUUGAACUUCGUAGAAAACUGGUGAAGGUGUCCUCCUAAACUCGAAGGGUUGGAGGGGGGUGGUAUGUAUCAGGCAUGGAGGAGGAGGGGGGGUCUUGAAACUGGGGUCUUUCUACUUUUUGAAUGAGGGCCUGGUGCUUGAAAACCAGUCCCUAUGAGAUGCUUUUAUCCCCAGGAAUCUUGGGUUUUGGCCUUGCAGGGAGCCGAAAUAAAGUCUGGGAAGAAUAGUGUGGCUGGCAGGAGACAUUUAAGUCCUGCGGCUCAGAUGCAGUUGAUGUGAGGAUGAAUUUUGUCUCAAUGCCUCCUAAGGAGAAUAUGAAAGACCCCAGUAAGAGCCCUCCCAUUGUCCCACAUCAUCAAUGCUACAGACACCACUUUCGGUUUCAUGACAUUUCUGGUGUAUUUGAAUGAGUUAACCCUAAUCUGUGUCAAUAUUACUUUGCUUAAGAUGGCAAUACUGCAGUUUGUAUGUCUCCCAUGCCAACUAUAGAUUUCUGCCUGUAUUGGUGUCAGUUAGUGCUUGAUCAGACUCUUCUCUUUAGAUGCCAGAUCCAAAAAAACUAUCACUGGAAUGAACUCGUCCUGUGACGGAAGAAUUGAGGCUCAGUGUCAAACCAAUCUGAGCUGUAGAACUGCCUUAACAAAGCAGAUUUUAUUUAUUAUUGCUUUAAAUUUUACUCUUUAUUUUUUUUUUUUGGUCAGGGCUGAAUGGGAAGAUUUGUGACUGGGUUCUGAAAUACAAUAAAGAUGGCCUGGUCAUAAUCACGGCCUGCUUUGACA